GCGAAUAGGAAACAAGUCAUGCUGCGACUGUUCGCGUUAGUUUACGCUGCCACAGUCUUUUUAAUAAUCUCGGGUGUCUCGCUCGAAGAUCCCAAAGAAAGGGUCGCAAGAAGUUCGCUCCAUCGACAAUCGUCCCCCUUUUUCCUGUUUCAUCUACUCAAAUUGAAGAAGAAGAUUCAAACGAUCGAGAAAGUGCCAACUCCGCCGCCGAACACAGAUUGCAUUUGCGUCCCCUAUUACCUGUGCGACAGGAACCGCAUGAUUAUCAUUACGGAUGGAAUUAGCAUGAUCAAUAUCCGAUACCGAAGAUGCACGGGAGAUUUAGAAGUGUGUUGUCGGCUGCCGAACAUAACGACCACGACGACAACGACGACUAUGCGAACGACUAUGCGAACGACUACCACUACGACAACCCGAAGGCCCACCACGACCACUUCAACCCUUCCACCUGUAUUCUUCCCUAACACGGAACCUCCAAUUCCAAUAUGUGUUUGCGUGUUUCUGACGCAAUGCUAUCCGAACGGUAUCAUCGGCAACUUCGGCGAGGGUGUAAUAAACCCUCGCCUACAAUUCAUUGUAUGUCCGAGCAACACCGUUUGCUGUAGACCGACAAGUGUGAUUCAGUACAAUCCAGUUGCACCAUCGUCGCAAAUUUGCAUCUUGUGCGGGGGCACGAUCCAAUGCAACGGAGGAAUCGCGUUCCCGGUGAACGUCGGAAUCGUGAAUCCCCUGGUACCUUACGCGCAGCAAGGAUGCUCCUUGGCUACUUCCUGCUGUCAGGGGGUAAAUUCAUUGUACGGGAACGGGCUCCCCGUAGUGAUCGGGCCCGUUAGGAAUCCUGGCACAACUCAAACCUGUUAUUGUAUGAAAACUUGGAUGUGCAGCCCUGGAAAUAUUGACGGUACUGGCAUCGUCGAUCCGAGAUUCGGAAACAUAUGUGGAAACGCGAAUGAAGUUUGCUGUCGGGCGGUCAGCACUGUCAGCAGUAUACAAAGAAGCGCGAAUGACUUGCAAGAGUUAGGACAAAGAAUCAUGAACGGAGAAGCGUCGUUCUCUCAGCCCGGGUGCGGAACUCAGGACAAAACGUACGCGCCAGGUCAGCCAAAUCCCGGUGAAACAGGUAAAACAUAUUUUGCGGAGUUCCCUUGGAUGGUAGCCCUUCUUAAGGUACAACCUAACGGUAAAUACCUGUUCCAAUGCGGGGGGUCCAUGAUUACUAACAAUGCGGUGCUCACGGCCGCGCAUUGCGUCAGCGAUCGGGAGAACGGGCGACUGAUAGCACGUUUUGGUCAAUGGAACCUUGAGAGCCAACCGUAUGACCAACCUGUGCCCUUCCAAGACGCAAACAUAAAAGCCAUAGUGACCCAUCCUUCGUUUUAUAGCGGCGCUUUGUUCAACGAUAUAGCAGUGCAGGGACUGAUUUUUCCUACCGGUACCAAAUGUGUUGCCACGGGUUGGGGAAGAAAUUCUUUCGGUGGAACCUAUCAAACCGAAAUGCGAAAGGUGGAAUUACCAAUCGUCGACCGGACCGACUGCCAAAAUAGACUGAGAACUACGAGAUUAGGAUUACAAUUUCAAUUGCACAGUUGUUUUAUGUGCGCGGGCGGCGAAUCGAACAAAGACACGUGCAGCGGGGACGGCGGCGGUCCUCUGGUCUGUGUCACAGCUACCGGACAGUAUUUUCAGGCUGGUAUCGUGUCUUGGGGAAUCGGCUGCGGCUCGUCAAAUAUUCCCGCUGUAUACACGAGCGUUGCGCAAUACACGCAGUGGAUUAAUCAGCAACUGGCGACGUACGGCACGUAAGGAAUAAACGCGCAUGACGAGCCUUCUACAUCUAGUCUUUUCUAUUGAUUUAUGAUGGACGUUUUUGUAUUGUACAUGACAGGUUUUAAAGAAUAAAUGAUCUACCGAUGUAUGUGUCGUCAUACGGGCGUAAUAAAGAAAAAAUUUUGCUGUUA